GAGUGGCACCUAUCUUCGGAUGUUUUUCAAUACAAUAUAUGGGAUAUAUGAGUGGCUAUAGAAUAUUAUGCCUACUGUUUAGGCUAGGCUACGUAACCUAUACUGAAAUAUGUUUAGGUUGAUACUGUAUGUGCCAUUGACUUCAACAAAAUUAACGCAAAACACUUCCGACGUGCUUACGAGUAGAACUGUAGUGAAUAUAGUAUUAUUAGGUAUGCCUUGACUUGCCAUGACCCAGAAAUGUUCCAGUCUGUAUAGACCUAAAUAGAUACUUUCCAUCUUUAUCACUCCGAACUUUUUGAAAUUUCCUCUCAGAAAUUGUCAGACGGUGAGAAAUAUCUAGAGCCCAUGAGAGUAUAAAACACAUCUAUUAUUAUCCGUCGGCGAGGUGAGCUUUGGUCCAUUUUAGUGGGAGAGGGAUUCCCUCAACGUCACCAAGGAUACCAAACACAACAGCAAAGCACAAAUAUGGGCAUGUACGUCAGCGGAACUCCGAGGCGGGACUUAAACGCUAGAAAUGCCUUGGUUGUACUCGAGGAGGAUGGAUUCAUUCAUAAGACAAGAUCUGCUACUGUGCACCGUAAUACUAGCUAACGUCCCGCAGCGUUCCGCGAACGGGCUUUAUGGAUCUAUAACCGCAUAUCUGACGGGAGGAUAAGAACAGAGAUCGGAGGAUUUAAAACUAAACGAGAGGACUUUAUAACAGAGUGAAUUGGGACAUCUUCCCCCUUACCGCGGGGAACUGGACUAAACUCCUUCAUGCAACUUUUUUGGAAAGAAACCAAGAGCAUCUCACCGGGGAAUUACAAAAAGAUAAUUGACGAAUAGCCUGCCUCCCUCUUCUUGUAACCUUCUUGUGUCUGCCGCUGCCCUGCCGCUGCAGGUGACAACGCGCACUCUCCGGCAACUACAGGUGUCGCGUUCUCUCUCGGUCCCUCCGGGCAAAUGUACCAAGGGUUCCCCGGUGACCCUGACAGCGGAUCCCGUGGAAGCUCGUCUCCAUCUAUAGAGUCCCAGUACCUUUCCUCCGUGGACUCCUUCGGGAGCCCUUCAACCUCCAGUGCUCCGCAGGAGUGUGUGUCAGCGGGAGCUGGCUUGAACAUUGUGGACAGUGGGCCAGGGGCCAGUGUCGGAGGGGAGAUGCCCGGUUCAUUUGUGCCCACUGUCACUGCCAUCACCUCGAGUCAGGACCUGCAGUGGAUGGUGCAGCCGACCCUCAUCUCCUCCCAGGCCUCUGUACAGAGCGGGUCCACUGGUACUACAACCAUGACCCAGCCAGCGUCACUGGUUGACCCAUAUGACAUGCCAGGCCCCAGCUAUUCUUCAGGUUCUGUAUUCACCCCUCCAAGUUCUGAUACUCCAGGCCCAGCACCGGGCCCCAUCCGCACAUCCAGAACCCGCAGUCGCCGUACACGAGAAGAGUCUGUGAGUGAAGAUGGAGAUGUUGGUGUGUUACUAACACCUGAGGAGGAGGAGAAGAGGCGUGUUCGUCGAGAGAGAAACAAGCUGGCUGCCGCCAAAUGCAGAAACCGCCGACGAGAACUUACAGACAGACUGCAGUCGGAGACGGAUGUACUGGAGGAGGAGAAAGCAGAGCUGGAGGCUGAGAUCUCAGAGCUGCAGAAGGAGAAGGAGCGCCUGGAGUUUGUUUUGGUGGCCCACCAGCCAAACUGUAAGAUCCCAUACCAGGACCAGCCUCAGCAAAGCUCAGUGCAGCUCCCUCCAGUCCAGUCCCAGCUCCCUCCUCAGACCUUACAACCUCCUGUCUCCAUUGUGGGCUUGGCUGUGAAGGAAGACUCUUUCUAUCUGCCCCCUGCCUACACAGCCCAUCCGUCCUCCACACAGUCCCAACCUCCGGUUCAACAGCAGCAAAUGCAGCAGCAGCAGCAGCCUCAGCCAGGGAUAAUGCAGGAGGUAGAGUUUUCUAGUUCUUUCUAUGGCUCAAGUGAGCUGGCACCCGGCGGGCCGUGCCUUAUGGCCAGCGACAGUGGUGGUGGUGGUAACCAUGACGAUGUGGCCAUUGGCAGCUGCAACACCUCAUACACAUCUUCAUUUGUGUUCAGCUACCCAGAGGGAGCCUGCGGGGUCAGUGCCAACCAGCGGAACAGCAGUAGCGAGCAGUCAUCUGAUUCCCUGAACUCGCCUUCGCUGCUGGCGCUCUGACUAACCGACAGACAUGUGCACGCAUUUCAACAUGCACAUCCAUAAUGCUCUCUGGAAGUAGAGACCUAGACAAGUAUAUAUACAGUGCCAAUCUGUUUUAUGGAAAACGCAACCAAUCUUUUGUACCUGAUUGGGUUAAAGUUUACACAGAAAUGCACUCCAAUUAAGAGCCAUACAAAGCUUUAAUACAGAGCUUAGUGAAUAUACAAUAUACAAUGAAUACAUUUUGUCUUGUAUUAUUGGAAUAACUGCAACUGGAUAAGUGCAUGAAAACCACAAAAGUCCAAGUUGCCAAUUUUAAGUGCUCUGAAUUAACAGAAUAAUUCACAGUGAAACCUCUCAGUCUUCAACUUGUACAGCACAUUAAGUAAGAUACCACAAGCUCACUUUACUCUCCAAUGAGCACCAGUGCCCCCACCUUGUUCCCUCUGUCGGUUGCCCCUUUUCCAGUGCUCUUGCUCUCAUCCUUCUUCAUCCCUUUUUCCCUUCUCCCUCUUGCUGAAUGUAUUUGUGCUAAUCUGAACUAGGGAUGAAGAACACUUUUUUCAGGCUCUUCUCUUGUGAGAGACUGACUGCUGAUCUCUCUCUCACACAUCUAACCCUCCAUCUGCUCAACCGCCCCCUGCUUCUUCAUCGCUGCUUGGACUUUGCAAGUUGAGGGAUCUGAGUAUCACUGCCUCAACUAAAUCUUGUGCUUUCACCUGUCAUUUUUUAAAAUUCCUCUGCCGUCUGCCUACCUGCCAUGCGACCCAUCUCUACCCAUCUCUGUUUCUUCUCUUCUGUCUCUGUAUUUCUCCUUCUCCCUGAAGUCUUCAACCCCUGAGAGCCCGAAGACCCCUUCCAGCCCUUGGGACCUUGAGUGAAUGCCAGCACAACUAACACGCCCUUUUGUACCCUCUCAUACAAGGACAUGGAUGCAAGCCCCCCCACCCAUUCAGAAGAAACUUUACCUUGCAACGCACUGCUCAGAAAGGAUCUUUACAGUGAACAGCAACUAAAUAUUUUUAACACAUACACAAAGAUGCAUAAUUGAUGAGUGCAAAAUGCAAGACAGAUGCCACUGUCUUCUGCUGAGCCAUUUUUCAACGUUCACACAAUGAGGAUUAGACAUAUUUUAUGUUGUGAGGCUGGUUAAAAAUGAGAAUGGAGCGAGGAAGGAAAUGCAGUAAGCUGGACAGACUCAAGGUGACCACUGAUGUUUGGAACCAAAUCGUGAAAACCAAGACAGAGCCAAAUGUUAAAAACAAAAAAAUUUAAAAAAAGUAAGAAAAAAAAUUCCGCUCUUGCCAACUGUGUCGAAGGGUGACCUCAGCAAAAACGCCUCCGUACCACAGAGCCUCAUCAUCCUGGGCCCACAUGCGCACACUCACUCCAUCGCUUUCAAGUUUCUCAACUGAAGAUACAGAUAUUGUGUUGCAGCACACCAGCUUCGUGUUUUGUUAAGAAUCAAUCAGAUGUGAACCGAUGCCUUUAUUUAGAGGAGAGACUUCAGACAACCUCUAAACACCAGGUUCAGUGGUCUCUGUACCUCCCCUGUUCUCUCAGAGGGGAUGAGGUGGAGGUGCGUUUAUUGUGAGUGUGUCCACUCUGAGGCACCUGGCCUGUUUAUUUCUUUCUUUAUUGAGGUUGAAGUGGCAAGUGAGCACAAAGAAAGACCUGGAAACGUGGGUCGACGUUGUGCCGUGAGUGUCCUUUCUCUGCCUGUGAAUUUGUACAAUUUGUUUUUCUAGUAUGAUGGAGAAAGUUUUGUUACAUAUUUUAAUGUUUAUGUUUGUCUGUAUGUUUGGUUGUUUGCAAUGACCUCUGCUUAUGCCUGUACCUUUGCAGUCCCUUUUUUUUUUAUAUUAUUUUUUGUUUUUUUAAUGGGGAGAUUUCGUAAUAACUGUUACUGCUAUUGCUUUGUAACAUUAUUGUAUUGUUUCAUUAUUUUAUUGUAUUUUCAUUUGGCAACUUCAGAGGCAUAUUGUGCACUACAAAAAAAAAUGUAACUAUAAGUUUAUAUGCAUAUACAAAUAUACAGGCAACAUGUACAUGUAUAUACCAUGAUUGUAACGUACAAAUUAACUAUUGAAGAACAAGAUAAAAUGUUGCUGAAGUUUAGUUUUAAAAUGAAUAUUUUUCUAAAGGAAUAAAAAUCUAUAGUAAAUUUAAAGUACCACCCCAUCCCUCAACAUGAAGCACCAGGUCACUGCCUCUAUCAAUGUGUAUUUAUGUUUUAUAAACAAUAUAUAAAGCACUAUCCAGUCACAUUAAAAUGUAUGUUUAUAAUUAUAAUGUAAGAAGGUAAUGCCUUUGUUUUGUUUGUUUGUGUUUUCCCUGUGAGGUCUGUCCAAAAGCUACUGACAUCUUAAUGCCACUUGAUGCUUAGCAGAUGCUAAAUGAGGAAAAAAAAAAUAUUUUAAAACUAGUGUGAUUGAAUGUCAGUGCACUAUUAAAAGUGUGUUUGGACCACAACGUGAUGACUAAACAGUUUCAUUUAAAGAAAGUGUUUCGUAUCCAGUAUGCAUUUUUGUUUAGUAUAAACAUAUCACCCAGUAACAUCAUGUCCUAACUGAAAGGUGUGUUUGAAGGAUAUCCACAGUUUUAGCCUUGAUAUGAACGUUAUCAUGUCAAAGUUUACCCAUUCCUGUACUACAGCAAAUAUGUUGCUAAUUGAGUUGAAAAAAAAUCUUGUGUUUGUAUUUGCUGGAUAAGAAGAUUUAUUUUCAAUAAAUAAAUAUGUUUAUUCAAAACAACAGAGCAAUCAGUGGUAUAAAUCUUCGUUCACAUGUGGCUCUUAGUAGUCAGAGAAAUGGGCAGACCUCAUUUUUAAAUGUUGAAUAAGGACUGUGUUUGUACAGAUGUCGGAGAUUCCUUUUGAUUUUUCUUCAAAUGCAAAUGUGAUGAGAAUAUGUUCUGGUGUCAGAAUAAGCAUAAAACAUAUUCAAUAGUUCUCAUGUAUAUAGGUUUUUGUGGUGCUGCAUAUAUAGUAUGCUAUAAUGAAGAGAAAGUUUUAUAUCAUAUGGUGGAAGGCUACAAAUUGCUGUUAGCCGAGGCUCCAGAUAUUUGUCUUGUCUCCUGAGGAAGUUUUAUUCUGAACAGAAGCCAAUAACACAGUGAAUUCCCAGCAGCAGAAGCUCUAAGAGCCCAGUAAUCACUCUGUGAUUUCCUCAUGUCAAUUGCCUGCUACAUCUCUAAGUGUUCAAAACAGAUCUCAGAGGGCCCUUGUACCGUACCUCCACUACACACUUACUGUAUGCCCUGGAUCACAACACACCAUAUUAGACUCACUCUUUCACCUGAUUCCUUUGCAAGUUGUCUGAACUUUGAACAACUUUUUUCUGUGAGGUUAGAAUCAGAAAAUAUUGUGCUAAUGAAUUGGAAAAGGUGACAGCGACAGAAAAGAAGAAAUAUUUAGCUACUAGGUGUAGGACAGAGAAGCUGCCUCCGCCUACCUGUACUGUACAAUGGCUCCAUGUGCAUUAAGUGAACAAACGCUUUCCUAUUUUUCUAUGAUGAGGUGAAUGUUGCAGUGUAUUUCUAUUUUUUCACAAGUCCCAUAUCUGUGCUGAUUUUCCUGGUAUAAAAUGCAAUACUUAUUAUCCUCUUGGAUAAACAUAAUGUAGCAAAUCACACAGUGCUCAAACUGACUGCUACUCUAUGUCAAGUGUGAUGAUGUAUUGCUUUAAUUAUCAGUUUUUGUUAAAUACAAAAAGUUAUCUGUAAUGCAUAUCAUAACAUUCUGUUCAUGUGUUACGAUUUAUUUUAAAAUAUCUCUUUUAUUACAUUUAUUGAUGCUGUAUAGAGACACUAGGGAGGUUUCAUCAUUACAAAAAGUCAUUUUGUUUUGUUACAAACCAUUCCUUUUGUCAGUAUUUCAUCAACGUUUGUAACGCUUUAUCUGGAUGUCUUUAUCUGGGAACAAAAGUGGCAAUUUUGCCACAUUUGGAAACUAAGGAUGAUCCAAUACAUUUUGAAGUUACAGCAGUGAAUGGCCCAAAGAAAUCUGUUCUAGAUGUAACAUUGUAGGGCUCUUAUUACA